UGCCGUGACGUCACGAGAAGCGACGCCCGUGAUGUCUGACAGAGCGCGGGGCGGUCGCCUGUUGCAACAGCAGACGCGCGCCGCCGGCUACACGUGCAGCCACAGCUACAGAGACAGAGACAGGAUGGACCCCUCUGGCAAGGUGGCGCUGAUCACGGGGGCGGCCGGCGGUCUGGGCAGAGCCUUCAGCAGGGCGCUGCUGGCUGCAGGCGCCAAGAUCGUGGCGUCGGACGCUGACGAGGCGGCCGGGAAGAAGGCCCUGGAGGAACUGGAGAAGCAGUUCGGAAAGGGGAAGGUCGUCUUCGUCAAAGCGGACGUCACCAACAGCAGCUCGCUGGAAGAGGCCUUCAAGACAGCCAAAUCCACAUUCAACCGGCUGGACAUUGUUAUCAACAAUGCAGGCAUGAUGAGAGAUUCGGCCUGGGAGAAGGAAAUCGACGUCAACAUGAAGGGCGUGGUGCACGGCAUCCUGCUGGCGUACAAGUACAUGGGCAAGCAUAACGGGGGAGCAGGCGGCGUGGUGGUCAACCUAUCAUCGACGGCCGGCCUCGAAGCCGUCCCCCAAAUGGCCAUCUACUGCGGCACCAAGCACGCCGUGUGUGCCAUGACGCGCUCCUACGGGGACGAACUGCACGUGAAUCAGACGGGCGUGAGGAUGGUGGCGGUGUGCCCGGGACCCACGGACACGCCGAUGGCGACCGAAGCCCACCACUACUGCCUGCACGACUACGCCAAGCAGUCUCUGAUCGAUGCCAUAGCCGCCUUCGGGCCUCUCGACACGACUGACUCCGUCGCCCAGAGCCUGAUGACUGUCAUCCGAGAUGGCAAGUCGGGCUCCGUCUGGGCAGCCUACCACAACAAGACCAGGGAGAUCGUCUAUCAGCGGCUCGUCCAAUAAGGAUUGUUCUACACGUCACGUGAAACCCUGUCAUUUUGUAUAUGUCACAUUAUCAUGAAUAAAGUAUUGGUGAUCUGAGUGAUGAA